CAAACCCACUGUUUUCAAUACAGCGCCUGCUGUACCAUGACUGCUUUAUUUUAUAUCCUAGAUUGCUGAAUCCUAUAUCCAGAAACACUUUAUCUCAUCUCCCUCGGUAGGCUGCGUUUCAAGCUGCUAUGGCCGACUGGGAGCAGCUUGCGAAGCUGCGGCGUGAGUACCCAAAGCCAAAAGUGAAAUUCGGUUUGGCGGAGGUCACGAGGAGGUUGAAAAAGAAACCUUACGACCCGUAUCUACUCGCAUGGCGUGCUGAUAUGCUGUUGCGCCUGGGAGAUGCAGCUGAGUGUCGCAAAAUAUUACUUUCUUUAUACGAACGGCAAACGCCCUUAACGGACACCAGACUGCUUUCUUAUGUGUACGAAAUUCAGGUUGAUUUAUCACGUUCGUUUCCUUCCAAUCAAUACCUCCCGCACACGGCUGGCGAAGGCGUCAUUCGGGCCUGGAAAAACGCUGCUAGUCGAAAUCCGCUCCUGAAAAAAGUACGGCUUGACUUAUGGUCCGACUUUUUCAAAUGUGCAGUGAAGGAAGGGUGCUGGUCUGACGUUCAAUUGUCCAUCACUCAAGUAAGAGGUGACAGCAACCUGUCUAAAAAGCAACUCGCCUUUACAGAGAUUCUCGCCUAUCAAUUAUCCAUGGAAAAUGCCAUGGAGACGGCCAGACGCGUGAAUGGCCCUCCUGACCCUCAAAAUAAUCUACGCCGUGAGCUUGCGUAUCGUAGGUUGCUCGCCGCAUACCGAAACGCGGGAUCGGAGAAGGAACCCGUUCAAAUACAGAAUAUCAGAGAUCUUCGAUUCAUGGCCGAGAUCUUCUAUCGACAGGGAAGGCUUGCGGAACUUUUGGAUCUCUGGAACUUUCCACCGCCUGCUCUGAAAACCUUGCACGACAAUAAUGAAAAUGACCUCGACCUACUGAUUGCACAAUUGCUUGGAAAACAGUUGUACUGGAAGCCCUUGGCGGAUUUCUGCCUAACAAAACUCAAUGAGCAAUUGAUAAGGCUAUCUGAGAAGGACGGGGAUAGGAUGGCGCCACGAGUCUAUGAUCAGAGCUGGAAGUUUUGGCGAUGUAUCGUAGUAGCACUGGACAAUAUGUCUCGCCAAGAUAUGCUAGAAUACGUCGAAAAAAUCCAAUACACCUUCCAAGGAUCUUAUGGACCAGGACUGGUACCGAAAGAACGAAUCGCUUUGUUAACGCAUGUAACAAUGGUAGCGAGAGUAGCGAGAACCGGCGGCUUUGCUCUUGACGCUUGUCGUAAUUACUGGGUCAGAUACAUGUGUACAUACUCGUGUUACAACGACCUACAUCGCUCUGUCGAGUCGUUGGAAAGACAUGAUCAGGUCGAAUUUCACCAUAUGAUAACUAGUCUCGCAAGGGGUCUGGUUCCAGAUACAGAGGCUGAUGACAAGAGAACACGAGCUUGGCUCCAAGCAGAAGUAAACGUCUUAAAGUUUGAUUAUCUGCUUACAUUGGCCUUGGCUGCAGAACCCCAGAGCGAACUCUGUGAAGGCUUCAUAAGCAGCGCAUUGCGGCUGUACCAGAUUGCGGCUCGAUUGAAAUCUGAAUUGCUCGGUGAUAUCGGUACACUGGCAAUAACGGCAAUGCUGAGCCUAUACCAUAUCUAUGUCGUUGCUAAUGAACUCCCUGGCAAAUUGGGUGGGAAUACCCGUCUCCUGUUGCAGGCUGCAGCAUUGUCACUUCAUAUGACCGCAGGGGAAGCAGGGGACAAGAAUCGACCAUUGGUUCUACUCUCAUCACGCGUACAUCUCACAGCAGGACUGACUACGAUCGCAUUUCAGCAAUGGGAUCGGGUCCCCAUCAAGCAAAUGCUCCUAGAUACGACAUCAUACCUCCUUUUGACGCGAAUCUCGCAUAUCCAUCCUUUCGACACGAUGAAGCCGAAAAGGGUUUUACCAGACGAACGACUUAUUGACAGCAUCCGAGCCAUCGAAACUAUGGAGAAGAAGGUCGACGAACUGCUCUUCACGCGUAUGAAGGACUUCCAGUACGAUCAGGCUUUCGAGCUAUUGGACGCGAAGCACAGACUUCGAUCGAGCAUAACGAAGCAUUUCUGCAUACUUGAGCGAAGGAGCAUUGCUCGUUUGACGGGAAAGGCACUUGACGAGAGCAUGGAGCUCGACUGCAAAGCUUUCCGAAACAUCAAGGACAGCCGCGAUCUAGGUGCGCUGCCGGGCUUUGAGCGACAUGGCGUCCCUGUACACUGGUUGGCGAUGCCCAACACUUCACCAAAUGACUACUCGACCCUUAUGAACUUGGAGCUCAUCCACACAGAACAAGAAUUGACAUACAGAAUUCUGAACAAGGAGCCUAUUCCGAACAUCCUGCAACAGGAACAAACCAAUCUGGAACUAGUAGACCAGUCGGACCCUUAUGGCAGUGACAGCAGUGACUCGGUCCGAACGGAUGAAUCCAAGAGGGCGAUGCAAUACGACAUCGACUAUGCAUGGGAACUGAUCGCAUCCUCCGUACGCAUGAUCUACAAAGAGGCGUAUAAAACGAAAAUGAUAGUUGAAAAACUUCAAAUACUGUCCGAUGAGAUAAUAACGUCAAACGGAACGCUCGAGAUGAUGCAAUGGAACAUGGAGCAAGCGCAGAAGGACGACCCGGUCAACGCGCACAUCGGCCUCCACGAGAAGAUCAUCCUGUACUGGUACAGCCGCCUGGAGCAGUACCAGGUCAUCCUCAAGUUCUGUGACUUCGUCCAGGAGAGCAUCAAGAAGCAAGUCCAUCUCAAGGCCAAGGUCCAGGACUCCUACUUCCAGAUGUUGCGUGGGGCUGCCAAGAAGGGCACGGAGAUAAUCCAGGAGACAGCCAGAGGCUGGAUCGCGUACCUGAGACGGGGCGGACGUGCCGCUAUCAAGGCGCAGAUCCGCUGGGGUCCUUGGAGCGAUGAGUUGAGGAAGAUCAUCCCGGACGACGAUGUCCACUUCUACGCUGGCGAGUACGUCGACUCGUACAUCGAUUCGCUGGAGGGGAUUCUGAAGGUCAAGGUCGGGAAGAAAUGAAUGCAUAUCGUAAGCCAUUCGGCGGUUCUUGGGAAAUGGAUUCUGACACUCGCUUUGGGCAAGUUUUAGAAGGGUUGGCCGGCAGUAGGGCUGUAGUCAUUUCUAGAAAUCGAAUUGAAAGUCAGUGGGUGGUGAAACGCGAGCAUACAUGAUCAAUGUGCAAUCACAGCAUAGGGCUACUGAAUGAUC